AUGGUAGAUAUCAGGGGUAUGCUGCAACAACUCAUUGGAACAAAUGGUAAGAUGCAGGAAAAGUUGAUAGCGCAUGACUCAGCAAUUAAGGGUAUUGAAACUCAACUGGGGCAGCUGUCCAUGGCCUUGAAUAACCUCCCCCAGGGAACAUUGCCAGCCGACACGAACAUUAGCCCCAAUGAGCAUAACCCGGAUCAGCUAAUGGCAGUAAGUCUCCAGAAUGGGAGAGAUUUAGACAAGGAGCAAGAAGUUGCUCAAUCCAGAAGAGAGGCUACACCAACCACUCCAGUUCCAGUAGAGAUAGAUGAAUCAAUAGAACUCACUGAAGUGGUGGUUGAACAGGCUCUGGUUGAUAAGGGUAAAGCUAAAGAAAGUGAACAAGUUGCAGAACAGGUGGUACCUCUUGUGCCACAAAAUUCCAACAAAGAACAGCCAACAAGCAGUGAACAAAGAGUGAUGACUGCGCCAAUCCCUCGGAGCCUGGCCAAACAAAAGAAAGAAGACCAAUACAGGAACUUCAUGGAAAUGCUUCGAGCCAGCAUAAACUUGAUGCCUUUGGAGAUAUAUACAAGACUGGGCAUUGGCAGAGCUAGACCGACUUCGAUGCUGUUGCAACUAGUUGACUGCACGGUUAAAAGACCGACAGGGAUUCUUGAUGAUGUGCUGGUAGAUAAGGAGAUACCCAUCAUUUUGGGGAGGCCAUUCUUAGCCACUGGGAGAGCAUUAAUUGAUUGUGAAACUGGGGAAUUGAAAAUGAGGCUGAACGAUGAAGAGGUGAUAUUCAACAAUCCAUGA